CACAUACUACCUUCGUUACUCUGUUAAUACACUCAUUUUUACAAUCGCUCGGCUGGUCCGUCAUUCUCUGCUUCCUAUAUAUUCAUCCAUACGACUUUACGACUACAAAGAUUACUUUACGCCAACAUCAACUCAACAUGAAGCAACAAAUUCUAGCCGUUAUGCUCGCGGGUGCAGUAGCUGCUAGCCCUAUUGCUACCCUCCAGAGGCGUGAGGUGCCACAGGAGCAUUCCCAUCGCAACAUCAUCCUGGCUGUGAACGCUCUGCUGGCCAUGGACAACCCGGACAACAUCUCAGACGCUGUCUUUGGUCUUCUCGGCGCUGCGGCAGCAAAAGGUGGAGCUGGCAGUAUUGCGGACGCAGACUGUCUCCAGCAGGCCACCGCUGACCGAGCGUUUACCAAUGCUAAAGCCGCGGGAGAUGUGGCUGGUAUGACGAACGCUCUGAUAUUCCGCGCCGUCGAGCGUAACACUGGAUCUGUUGGUCUUGUCUCUGUGCCAUGCACAUCUAUCCAAGCCGUGAACCCGGAGAUAGCUGCGCUUCAGCAACACCAGGAUCCUGCAAGCGAUGGCGCGCAGGCACUCAACAAGCAGAUUGCUGAAGAGCUAGCCAGGCAGAUUGCAUCUGUGGGCGGUGACCCUACGCUGGCUAACGAGGCGAGCACGUUUGCGCCUGGGCAGAUAGGCGAUCCCACGGCGGCGGGAAACACGUGCGAUGAUGACCAAGACGACAACGGAUGUAUCAAUACGCUGGGACUGAGGGUUGAUGACCUUACCGCUGACGAGAUUGCGGCUGCAGUUCAGGGUGCGGCGAACAGUGGUUGCGGCCUUGCAUAA